AUGAUGUUUCGACAAGUAAGUGCAGCCGUCACCUUGGUUCUUCUUGCAACCCAGGCGUAUGCUGAAAGGAAACUAUACUCAAAUUCCCUCGUGAACUGUAUGAAAAACAACACCGACAUUAUCCCUGAUUAUUUCAAUGUUGUCUUCGAUGCUGAAGCAAGAUCGAUCAACUACGAUAUCUCCUUGACAGCCACGUUGAAUGGUAAGCUUAAAGCCGCAGCCACGGUUUAUGCGUUUGGGUUCGACGUGAUCCACGAGACCAUUGAUCUUUGUAAGUUGAACAUGAAACAGUUUUGUCCAAUAACUCCGUCUCAUAUUGAGGUUCAAUCUGUUCAAUACAUCGACAAGUCAUACGUGGACAAAAUUCCAGGUAUUGCUUACACUUUCCCAGACUUGGACGCUGUGGCUAGGUUGAUUAUUCUCAACCAAGAAAACGAAAUCUUGGGCUGUUUGCAAGCCUCCUUCAAUAAUGGUAAAACAGUCGCCCAUGAAGGUGUCAAAUGGGCAACGGCUGUUAUUGCAGGCUUGGGGUUGCUUGUGUCGGCCUUGCUUUCUAUCUUUGGUAACUCGGCCUCGGCGUCAAGAAUGUCUGCUGUUGCAAUGUCUCUCUUCACAUACUUUCAAUCCGUUGUUGUCAUUGGAAUGGUUGCAGUUGAAGACACUCCCCCAAUUGCUAGUGCUUGGUGUGAAAACUUGGCAUGGUCGAUGGGAUUGAUUCGUACCGAGUUUAUGCAAAAGAUUUUCAGAUGGUAUGUUCAAGCAACCGGCGGUACUCCCACUCAAUAUUUAACCUCUUCAACCAAGGAAAUCUUGACUCAACGUUCAUUAGACGAUGCCGUUGUUCCAUUUGCAAAACCUUCAUCAUUCUUAUCAUCAACUUUGGAUUUCUUGUUUCCUGCCCUUAAAUCCGUUAAUACAAACGAAUUGGUUGCUAGAAAUAGUAAAGACCAAGAUCCUCGGUAUUUCAUUCCAAUCACUCACAUUUCUUCCAAUGAUUAUUUGACCAUUUUAAGAGGUAUCAAACGUAUUGGUUACGAUUCGGAUAUUGAGCCUACUUCGGUGGUUUGUACCGGAUUUACCUUCUUCUUUUUGUGUCUGUAUGUGUUGAUUGCCGUUUACCUCUUCUACAGAUUCAUGAAUGAACGUUUAACGAGAACAGAUAGGAGAAACUGGUUGAACAAAAAUUUAGAAACCAGGACUAAUUAUAUACCCGUCUUCAAAGGUAUGCUGUUGAGAUACAUAUUCAUUGGUUUCCCCCAAUUAACUAUCUUGUCAUUGUGGGAGUUCACACGUAACGAUUCAGGUGCUGUUGUUACUGUUGCCGUUUUCUUUUUAAUUCUAGCAUUAUCAUCCAUGGCUGUUUCUUGCUACCAGGUCUUGCGUUUUGGUAAACAAUCCAUAGUUGAACAUGGUAAUCCUGCUGCUAUUUUAUAUGGUUCUUCUGAUGUUUUGAGUAGAUACGGAUUCUUAUACACUGUUUUAAAUGCUUCCAAAUAUUGGUUCUGUGCGGUUACUCUAAUUCAUAUUUUUAUUAAGGCAAUUUUCGUUGGUUUGGCUCAAUCCUCUGGGAAAACUCAAGCUAUGGCAAUUUGGAUUUUUGAUAUGAUUUAUCUUGGUUUGUUAUGCCAUUUCCUUCCUUACAUGGAUAGAUUCACCAAUGUUUUGUUUGUCUUUAUCCAAUUGAUCAAUACGAUAAAUGCAUUCCUCUUCACUUUCUUUUCCGGUAUUUAUAAUCAAGAGUUUAGAGUCUCAUCAGUUAUGGGACUAAUUUUUUUCAUCAUGAAUGCUGCUGUCUCUCUCUUGUUGUUGCUGAUCAUUCUAGGCUUGGCAUUAUUCACAAUAUUUUCCAAAAACCCAGAUGCAAAAUUCUCUCCUACUAAAGAUGAUAGAACAUCUUUCCAAAAGAAACACCAAUCUAUUGUUCCAAAUUUUGAUGACUCCAAUGAAUUAUUAGCUUUGGGUGCAGUCGCUAAAGAGCACGGUGAAAACUGGGAAAAUGAUCUGUAUAAAUUACAAGAGAACCUGAAACAUAAUUCUGGUGAUGAAUUCACAACAUCCCACCAUCAAGAUACUUCCUCCGAUGAAGCAGUUGGUGGUUUUGCGGGUUUCUUGAGUAGAGCCAAAUCGUUAACAAGAGGUAAGUCUUUGCUAAAGAAGAAAACCAAUGAGCCAUCUUUGGAAGACCAUCCACUACCACCAGCUCCUGUUUCAGACGAUAGUAAUGUGGAUCUUCAUCACAAUCAAAAUAGCUCGGGAGAGCUACACAGUGAUCCAUUCCAAAGCCACACCGAAAAUCCAUUUGUAUCAGAUGAAGUGUUUGAGCAUAAAAGAAUUGGUUCCCGACUAAGUGCGAUGACUAAUGGCACAGGUGGUGGUUUGAGUGUCUUUGGUGAACGUAUAAACCCUGCAGAUUAUGAAUCUUCCAUCGAUGAGUAUCCUAAGACUUCGAGAUUAUCACAAUCUAAUGCUACUCAUCCAAACCGAUUCAGAGAUUCAAUGCAUGAGGAAGAAGAAUCUAAUGAUAUCGAUGAUAUGAAUGAGGAAGAUGAAGAGGAUGAAGAUGAUGAUUCUUACCUUGAUACCAGUGGUGCACACAGAAGGAUCUAA